CAUCUCCUCACACCUUCCAUACCAAAAGAAAAAACAAAAAAGAAUUUAAAAAAACUGUCGGUAAUUUCGAGCGGUUACUAAAACAAAAGAAAAUGAAACGACACAGUAUCAUUCUCUGCAUUGUCCUCUCCCUCAUGGUGGCCGUUUCGGUCUCCGCCUUGGGUCGCGGUCCUAUGGUAGGAGGAUGGAGCAAGAUCAAGGAUUUGAAAGACGCUCACGUGGUGGAGAUCGGGAAAUAUGCGGUUGCGGAAUAUAACCGGAGGAGUCAGACUUCUCUAGAUUUUAAAAGCAUCCUGAAAGGUGAAGAGCAGGUGGUUGCCGGAGUGAAUUACAAGCUUGUUUUGGCGGUGGACGGCGGAGAAAGCAAGAAAUAUGAAGCUAUUGUUUGGGAGAAGUCAUGGGAGAAGUUUCAGAAUCUGACCUCUUUCAAGCCUGUCAAUUAAUUUAAAAGAAGGUUUUAAAUUGUGUUUAAUUACGGUUUAUGAGUUCAAUUUUGUAAUGGCUGAAUGAAUAAUUAACGGUGAUCUUGAUGA